CCGACCCAAUCAGCUGGCUCGUGACUCAGCACCAUGCAUAUUCAUUUCGCUCUUAAUUCACACCAGAGGUGGUGCCGUAUAAAUAGAGGCAGUCUAUUAACAUCUGAUCAUUUAGUACAGAAUCACUGUUCUGCACACAGAAAUCCUUCAGCUGAAGAAGAUGAGUACGUCGGUGAAUGGGGACCCUGCGACUAUACCCCCACCCUACAUCAUCCCAGUGGAUGAGAAGGAUGACGUUAAGGUCUAUCAUCCGCACACGCCAUUUAGCCCCCCAGAGAGCACCCCGUAUCGCAACGUCCAAGCCGAAUCCAAGAACAAGUUUGUAAGUUAUGAAACCGAGCUGUCUCGUUCCCCUGGAAUGACAACAUGCAUAAACUGUCAGCAGCAGGUCAUGACUGAAGUCACCUACAAAGUUGGAGCCUAUGCAUGGCUGAUGUGCUUGCUCUUUAUCCUCUGUGGGCUGGUGAUUGGAUGCUGCCUACUCCCCUUCUGCAUGAAACACUUCAAAGAUGUGUAUCACUCCUGCCCCAGGUGCCACCAGAUCUUAAGUGUGGAAAAGAAGAAAUGUUGCUAACACUAGGAUCUCCUCAACAGCCAGGGAAAACCUCAAACAACCUUUCUUUACCCAACGCCACGCAUAGUUAAGCAAUAUGGGUGCUUUCAGUAGCCUUGCAUGUACCAGAAAAUCGCAGUCUUCAGUUGAACUACGGCCAAGCAAGAGUGAUUGUUAAUCAGAAGUAAUUUUUAUGCAUUUUUUAGGCAUCAAGGAAGAUGUCAUCCUAGAAAUGUUUAGGAUAACCCAAGAUGUACGAAUAUUUUGUAAAUAAUCACUUCCUAUGGUGUUUUGAAGAACUUUUAAAUGCAAUUCAAUAAAGGCAAUUUUCCAAGUA